UUUAAGUUGUAAAUUUACGACAGCAUGUAUUUUUACGAUUUCAAAUUGUAAUUUUACAACUUGCGUCAAGGAAAAUUUUCCUGUAAACAUACCUACUUUUUUUCACUGUGUUAUUUCUACUUUAUUUGCUAGCACUGGACGGGUGGUUGGGUGUUGUUGUUGGCGGUCGUGGGACGGGUCUUCGGCAGGCCGCCGCUCGCGGGAGCUGCUGGAAAAUCCCAGGCGACUGCCGGGCCGGGCGAUUUUGGAAUACCCCGGGGUGAUUUCACAUGUUUUCGGGCGAUUAUUACGACUCUGGGCGCCUGGCUCGGCUCCUGGCCGGCCGCGCCGGGCCGGGGCCACAGGCCGGGGCCGGGGCCGAGCGCAGUCGCAGUGCAGGUCAGUCAGUCGUUGUCCACCGCUCGGCGUGGAAGGUACCAGCUUGGGUACCAUUUUCCUACUGACCCUCGUUCGCCUGUCGUCGCUAGACUCCGACCACCAUGCUCGACCAACUGCCGGACGACGUGCUGGCCAUGGUCAUGUCGCACCUGGUCGUGAAGGACCUCAUGGCCUGCCGCCUCUUGUGCAAGCGCCUGGCGGCCGUGGCCCGGCACCCCGACGUGUGGCGGCAUCGACGCCUUCGCGUGGACCACGGCGGCCGCCGCUGGUGUCCAUUGCUGCGCCUGGCGCCGUGCGUGCGCAAGAUCUCGACCAUCCUCCCGCUCCAUGCGCUGCAGUGCCGCCACAGUGACCUGCAGAGAGCCUCGUGCGCCGCCAGAGAGUUGUCGAUCACCGCCUUCAUGGAGACGUGUGGGGCCGAGGAGGCCGGGGCGGCCGUCGUGAUCAUCAGACAGCAGGAGGCGCUCGGCCGGCUGCGAGCCGUGACAUUAGACCUCCGUCCGGUGGACUUGAUUUUUAGUAAUGGAAAGCAUUACGGCAUUCUGACCGCAGACAGCAUGCACUUGAUGGUGGAGGCGCUGUCUUCCACCACCGACCUCGAGGUGAUCGAGCUCACUGCUGGAAACAGGAGGCGCGCCUCGCACGUUGCACCCGCCGCCGCCGGUCUGCGUGGAGCCAUCGCACCAUCCUUGAAGAGCUUCACCUGCGACAUUCUGCCGUGGACGUUGGCCUUCUGCAACGACAUGCUGACCAGGUACGCCGCCACCCUGGAGGUGGUUGACCUCGCGGACGACGACCUCUCUCCCUUCGACGCCGCCCUCUCGCCGCUCCGCCGGCUGGCCCGCAUGCCCAACCUCCGCCACCUGACCUCCCGAGUGAUGCCCGGGCUGGGGGCGGUGGUCGCGUGCGAGUCGUUGCGCUCGCUGAAGCUCAACGUGGAGCCCGUCAGUGCCGACGACGCCCCCGGGGCCCUGGAGCUCCUCGGCAACGCCCACCAGCUCCAAGUCCUCCAUCUCGACUUUCUUCAUGAUGGUGAUGAGGCUGACACAGAUUAUCCUCUUAUUGAUGCUAAGUUGGCUGCCGACCUCAUUGGAGCCCUCGCGUCCUCUGGACAGUCACAAGUGGAGGAGCUCAUCAUCGAAGUCCAGCAUGGAACAUGCCUUCCACCUGGAGCGGCGGACCAGCUGCGCCUCGCGCUGCCCUCGCUGCCCGCCCUGCGGCGGCUCGUGGUCAACUUGGCCCCGUCCUCGCUGCUGGGCGGCAUCAGCUCCCUCACCGCCCCGUCCCUGCGGAGCCUCCAGAUAGGACUCUAUGAUGGAGACUAUCGUCUUUGCUUUCACGUGUUGCUGCACGACGGGGCGCUCGCGUCGCUCAUGUCGAGGAACCCCUUGCUCCACGUGGAGCUACAACAGGCGUCGUGCGCCGCACACGAGGGCUUUGACGACCUGUGCGUCGGCCUGCCGAGCUGCCACCAAGAUUUAAAGAAACUUGAAUCUGUGGGAAUUUUCGCCCAUCCCAAAGGCGAGUGUCCCUCCCCAGAAGCCCACGCUAUUAAACGAUGCAAUUGGUUUCACAUCAACGACUUUGAUUUAUAAUUUCCGUAUUGUGACAUUGUAUGUACGUGACGUAACUGAAUUUGCUCGACGUGUCAAUCA